UCCCGUGCUCGCAUCGCCAUCUUGUUGCAAUCAUCUUUUACGUAUGCGAGGGUCUACUUUCGGUUUGGUCCGAAUAAAAAAAUUCCGUGCACUUAGAGGAGAACCACCGAGGACCAUCCGCUCGGGGCGCGGGGCAAUCGUGCACACGGUGCUUCCUGGAGACUACCGCUCGGUUUUUAUCCUCCUUCCGUCCCGGGCCACCGGGUCGCCUGUCGUGAGGGGUUACGCGCAAUGAGCAUCGAUACUCUUUUGGAGGCGGCCAGAUAUCUGGAAUGGCAAGCCCAGCAACAACAGAUCACACGUGAAGAGGAGCAGCGCAAAGAGAAGGAGCUCCUUAACAGGGAGGCAGAGUCAAAGCACGUGGAGGUUUUGACCCCAUCAGCCCAGCCAAUCAGAGCCAACCACGUCACCUGGGGGGAUGACACUCACCGUCAACAGCUACACCCCUCCCCUGCACCUCCACCCCCUUCUCUCCCACCUCCUCAAGUCCCUAUUGCUGUCAUCCCCAUGGUCCCAGUUGUCACAGCGACACCCUCAGUCCCGCCCCUCCCCCUUGCGACGCCCAUCGCCGCCGCAGCAACGGCCCUCAACAGUUCCCCGCCGGUUAAGAACUCUUCUUCCCCUCCCUUGCAGCAGCAGCAGCAGCCCACCUCCCGUCACCUGUUGUGCACCCCCCAGAUAAAGGUGGAGACCAGUCCACAGCAGAUUGGUGGAAAACCCAGCCAAUCACAGCCUCAGGUUCAGAUUCCAUACCCGACUUCCAUCAGCACUACUGGUUCCAGUUCCCAGCAUGCACUGGUUCCCCAGCAAGCUCCACCCACAUCUCAGCCACGGCCCAAUGGAGUGACAGUGGAGGACAUGAAGGCGAUGGAUGGGAAGAGACGACCUGGAGGGGCGGGGACCAGAGAGGUACACAACAAACUGGAGAAGAACAGACGAGCGCAUUUGAAGGAGUGUUUUGAGACGCUGAAGAAGAACGUUCCAAACGUGGACGAGAAGAAAACCUCCAACCUGAGCGUUCUCCGCAGCGCCUUGCGAUACAUACAGACUCUGAAGCGUAAGGAGAAGGAGUACGAGCACGAGAUGGAGCGCUUGGCGAGGGAGAAGAUUGCGACACAGCAGCGGCUGGCGGAGCUGAAGAACGAGCUGAGCCAGUGCAUGGAUGUGUUGGAGAUCGACAGAGUCCUGCGACAGACCAUCCAGCCAGAGGACGACCAAGCCUCCACCUCCACUGCCUCAGAAGGGGAAGACAACUUCGAGCAGGACAUGGACGAGGACGUCUCCGCUCCCCCAGCUGCAGUGUCCCUCCCCAAACCCGCCGCCCCCAUCUCCAUCCCCCAUCCCCAAGCCCAGCCACUCCUCACCCCUCACUUGUCGAUCCAGCACACGACUCUGCCUCUCUCUGGAGUCCUGACCUCGCCCUCCGUCUCUGCCCCUCCUCCACCUCAGGCCAUCGCCCCAGCUCCUGCUCCGGCUCCCGCUCCAACCCCUGCGCCAGCCAUCCAUCCCCUGCAGACGCCGGCCGUGCAGGUGCAGCCCACCGUCAUCGCCCACGCUGCCGUCUCCCACCCGUCGGUCAUCCAGGCCGUCAAUCACGCUCUGCCAGCCAAUCACAAGCACCUGACGCACAUUGCCCCCUCGCCUGGCCCCGUCUCCUCCACCCCUCAGCCAAUCGCAGCAGCCCCAGCUGCUGCGGCCGCCGCCACUCACCAGCCAAUCACAGCCCAGCCCAUUGGACACAUCACCGUUCACCCGGUGGCACAUCUGGGGGGUCCCCUCCCGUCCCACCUCCCAACCCUCUACCCCCAGGGUGUCUCUGUCUCCCAGCCUACCAUGGUGGGCCACAUCACCCACACCUUCACCCACCACACGCUGCCCCACGUCCAGGCUAACGCUAACGGGGCACAGGUGAACGGUGCGACCGUGGUGAGCCAGGGGAGCCCGUCCCUAGGGAAGCCGACAGCCGUGCUUGCCCCCCACCCGCAGCUGGUGGGGCAAGCUGCCGUCCUCAACCCCGUCACAAUGGUUACUGUUCCACCCUUUCCUGUCAGCACACUCAAACUGGCCUGAAAGAUUGAAAAACAAACUAAAACUGGGGGUGGAUGGAUGGAUGGAAGAGAUAGAGAACACAGAUGUAUUCAUCAGCAGGAUCAGGGCCAAGUGAACCUCCUGGAUCGGAGCUUGAGUUACUUCAAGUGGUAGUGGAGCAUUUCUGACAGAUUAAUGGGAUUGUCUGGACUCAAAAUGACAAUAAUCAACUUUGGUAACAGGUCCAUGUGUUUUUAUCUGUUUCUAAGUGGAGGGUUAAAAAAAAUAAUCUGAAAGCAGAGUCAGUGGGUCAGGCCGCUCUUUGUGAACACAGGACUGUGAUGCUUGUCCCUGCUGCAGAGACAGGACCAUUGUCUUUUUUUCCUUGCCUCCCUCUCACCUUCCUUGCUUGCUUCCUUACUUCCUUCUCCCUUUUCUUCCUUCUUUCUUCCCCUACAACCAGAAGCACUAACGUAAUAAGCUCAGUUCAUACUCAGGCAUCCGGGAUUUACCUUAACUAUUCACUCACUCACUUAUUUAGGAGAAAUGUAUGAAAGGGAGUCAUUUCAGAUUAGAGUGUUGCAGUAGUGGUUCUGUAUUCAGGUACUCAUAUGAUGUCAUCUUGAAAGCGCCAAGCUCACAUCAUGGUGUUGGCAGAAUGAUGUCACUCAUGUUUUUGAGAAAAGGAGAAACGAGCUCAAAGGUUAAUGGGUUUCUUUAGCCGCUCUGAAAUGCAGCCAGACUUGGUAUCCUAAUUAAUCACACUCAGUUAUGUUUAAAUUAUUAAAUGUGAACCAGAUCAGGGGCACAUGAUAGAUCUAUCUGCAAAACACGGCCAAAGCAUUAUGUUAAUUAAGAAUGUAAUAUUGUCAUUAAAGGAUGACUGCAAUGCCACAGCAAAAAGUGAUGUAUUGGCUACUCAACCUUACCCAUUUGGAUAAAUUUACACCCCUAAGCUAAUACUUACCACAGCAACAAAUUCACCGUGAUAAGUUAAUGCGGUUAAGGCCUUUGUGAAUGAAUGCAACACUGACAGCAGUCUCUCUGUGUGGCUUUAUAUACAGUUACAUGUGAUAAAUUACCUCGCGGUGAAGCCAUUUACAGAGUUCCCGCAUCAGUGUCACUGAAGAAUGUCAGACUGCAUGUACUUUGGCUGUCAGUCACUGGCCAGGAACAGGUUCUCUUCUAGAUAACCCCAACUGCAGAUUUAAAAUGUGAUAGCAGCAGUCAGGAUGUCCCAAAAUAGUCGUAAAAGUUAGUCGGGGAAGCCAAGGCAGCUAUGAUUGGUUUCACUGAUUUUCCGCUAAGCUUGAGACGAUAUCAUUUGAGCAGCGGGGAGUUUCAUCUGAUUUUUGUUUUGUCCCUGAUGCAUAAAUGCAGCGUCCUCCAGUUUCAAUGUUUUUGUCCCACAAUGCAAAGCUUUGGAACGAUGUUGAUGCUCUUGGCCAGUGGGUUGCAACAAUUAAAUGAUGUCCAUCAAGACAGAAGCCAUCUUUAUUUUCGGUCUUUCAUGCUCUCUUCUAAUGGCUUUUGAAGGAGAAGCAGUGAUGUCAGAAAAGCUCUUGUACUUGUCUAAUGCUGUCAGGUCACUACGAUUCUUAUGUUUCAGGUGGAAUGUGACCAGCUGGUUUCUCUGGUAGAAAUUAAACUUAAAUCCAUAGAUUUCUGUCAGUGGAGAAUAUCUGUUUAUUCAUUUAAAGUGCACACAUUUGAGGGUUUUUUUUUUUUCGUUUUUUUUUUUGGCCAAAAGAGGCUUUGGCGCUGCCCGGGAAACCAGCCCAUGUUACAUUUCAUUAUUCGCAAUGUCCUCUUGUGCAUCACAUCGGUUUUGAAGUGAAAUAUUGUUCAUCAGCCAAGAUUGUCUCUUGAAUCCAACUGAAGCCUGUGGCAGAAUGUUUGGACAGCAGUUUCCAGUGGGAAAGAGGGCCACACCAUCACGACGGCCACCAACACCGUCAAAGAUUGUAAAGUUCUCCCACACGCCUCAUUUCUGUGUAUUGGUUUCAUUUCAGAGAGAACAAGGAUGAUGCAUCAACAGGUUUUGUGAAGGAGGGAAAGAUGAUACCAUCACAGUCAUGUUCACACACUUCCAGCAUUGUGGUGUGGCCUUUUAUAACCACUGGUAACUGGUCCACAAACAUUUAGUGACAGGCUUGUUGUCACUGUUACUGUUAACUUUAAUGGAGAGCAAUACAAGUUUUCAUUCACUGUACUCAAAUGCAGUGGCUCCCUCUGCUGCCACAUCUCAGACCGUGUGCUGCUGUUACACAAAACACACCUGGGGAACAACGCAAGAGUUCCUCCACACCUCUAGAGAAUUUGGAGAACAAUGGAAAAUGUGUUUGAUUGUUAUAUGGUCUUGGAAAAGAUUUGGACAAGCACAAAAAAAAAAAAAAACUUAAAGGAUGGAAAAGUUAUUGCUCAGUCCUGACUACAAACACUGAUAUUUUGCAUAUUGUCAAGCGUUUUAUAAUGUUUUUCCAUUGGUUACACAGCCUUCUAGUCAGUCCGGCCGCCAUUAACAGACAGUACUGAACAUUGACCAAAAGCCUCAGAUUCACUCAAGAGAAAAGUCUGGAGAAAGUUUGGAGUUUUGAAAUGGAAAGAUGUAUUGGGGGCCCUGAGAAUGAACACCCAUCUUACUGUAUGUGUGUGUGAGCGUGUGUGAGCGUGUGUGUGUGUGUGUGUGUGUGUGUGUUUUUACGUAUACUCUAAACGUUCAUGGCUUCACAGCCUUCUUGCCAGCCUAUACAUGUAUCUGUCCACAUGUACGUCUCUCCCUCACAUCGUAAUAUCUGUAUCAGUUCCCAUCAGUUAAUGUGUAUGUACUCAAUGUUACGUGGAUCUACUCUUUGCCUCUUUUGCUGUUUCUGUAUGUACGUAUGCAUAAUGUGACUAUAUUCACUAUGUUUUAUAUUCUGUACUAUAGUUAAUCCUACUGUACCUGUAGCAUGGCUCAGUUUUGGUUGUAGAAUUUGCCCUGUGCAUGACGGUGUGUGUGCAGCGAGUGAGAUAUUUUUUUAUACGCAGGUGAUUUAUGGUAUGAGUCUGUUCGGGUGCUAUCGUGUGUGCCUAUACUCAGUUUUCCUGAACACUGUGACAACAUUGGCAAAACACAUACGCACGUACACAUGAGAGAAUUGGGAGAAGAAAAAAAAAAUAUAUAAACUGUCAUUAAUUGUUUUGGAUGUUUAAGUUUCCCUUUUUUUGUGAGAUAGCCUGAGACAUGGAGUGGAAAAAAGUAAAAAACAAAAAAGAUUUUACUCUUUUCUCGAUAAGAUAAUGUCUAAUAUUCAAUCUGAGUUUUAUAAUAUUUGUAUGUAUGAAAUUUUUGUAAAUUUGUGAUCGUAUGCACGUUUUGGCAUAUGAGUGUACGUAUCGUAAAAUUUUACCCAUGCCUGUUUUUUUUCUUUUUUUCUUUUGUUUUCUGUUGAGUUUUUUGCAUGUAGAUUGCUGUUUGUUUUUGAUUUGUUUUUUUUUUUUGUUUUUUUUGUAUGUUUCAUUAUUUUUGGGACCAUGUACAAUACUGUAUAACGUGGGCAGGAUCUUGGACCUCAUGCUACAUUGAUAUUAUAUAUGAAUAUAAAAUCAUGUUUUCCCUAUGGAGAAAGUUUUAAGUUAUAUAUCGCCUGUACAUUUUGGGCUGCCUUUUAGAUCUAACUGUCCACUGUUUAAGAUAACAAUGAUAAUGGAUAAAAAAAAAUAUUAAUGAUGAAGAAUUAUGCUGAUGAAAUAAUAAAGAUUCUUAAUAAAUCUUAUUACAUUUACAACA